AGUCUAUUGUUGUGUGUUGCCGGACGAGUAAUAGUGCAAUUUUUUUUUUGUCACGUUAAUGUUCCGAAUGUUGCUCCUGAAAGUGGAUUACAGUGUCCUGUGAAAAUCCUGUGCAAUUCCCCCGGAAAUAUCCUAGUUAUUUCCGCACAUUUGAAGGCUCAGACAAAAUAUCUGUGAUACAGGACCAAAAAAUUAUUCCAAAGAGACAGAGGUGUGAUCGUGCGGAAGAAUGAAACAAUCAAAAAACACAAGUGCCAGUUUAGAGGCCAGUUUUGGCGUAAGACUCCUCACAGCAGGAUCUGCAGCUUGCAUCGCAGAUUUCGCUACAUUCCCCCUUGACACAGCUAAAGUGAGGCUUCAGAUCCAAGGCGAGGGUCAGGUCAGAGUUCCGCUCGCUGCAACAGCCAAUGGGGCCACAGUGGUCAGCACAGGUGGACCAACACCCCAGUAUCGCGGUCUCAUUGGCACUGUUAGUACAAUUGUUCGCCAGGAGGGAUUCAGAGCGCUGUACAAUGGACUUUCAGCUGGUCUGCAGAGACAGAUGGCUUUUGCCUCAGUUCGUCUGGGAACCUAUGAUAGCGUCAAAGUCCUGUAUCAACGCGUCCUGCGUGAGAAUCCAGAAGGCCUGCAAAUUUUUACACGCGUCCUAGCUGGACUCACGACAGGCGGAGUAGCAGUGAUGCUAGCUCAACCGACUGACGUCGUGAAGGUGCGCUUCCAGGCCCAGAAUCGUACAACAGCCUCUCCCAACUCUGUUCGCUAUCGCAACACCCUUUCAGCCUACAGAACAAUUGGACGCGAAGAGGGAGUCCGAGGGCUAUGGAAGGGCUGUCUGCCCAAUGUCGGUCGCAAUGCCAUUGUCAAUGUGGCUGAAAUUGUCUGUUACGACAUCAUCAAGGAUUGCCUACUCAAAUAUACGUCCCUGGAGGACAAUAUUCCCUGUCACUUCACAGCCGCUGUCAUUGCUGGCUUUGCCACAACUGUGGCUGCUUCCCCAAUAGACGUAGUCAAGACGCGCUACAUGAACUCCAAGCCUGGUCAGUACCGAGGAGCCAUCGAUUGUGCCAUCCAAAUGGGCAGAAGCGAAGGAGCCUCGGCCUUCUACAAGGGCUUUGUGCCGUCAUUUGCACGUCUUGUGUCUUGGAACAUUGUGCUGUGGAUCACUUAUGAACAACUCAAGAUUCUCAUCUUCAAACCACCACGCAAGGAAGAGUGAUGAUCAAAAUUUGUCUUGUUUUUUUUGUACUUUUUUAGGGCUGAAUAAUAAAAUAUCAAUAUGUUUUUUU